GCAUCGCAAGCGAAAAAAUGGCGAGCAACACAUCUCUUAGAAGGAGAAAUCCCGUAAAGCCGUUCCACUGCUCCAUAUGCAAUCGCGACUUUGCCCGUGCGGAGCAUCUCCAGCGGCAUACGACCACACAUACCAAUGAGAAACCCUUUACAUGUUUCUGCGGCAAAGCUUUCGCUCGUAAGGAUUUGCUCAAGCGGCAUGAGCUGAAUGGCAAGCACUUAAGUGUGACGCCAUCUGAUAAAUCACCAUCAGAUGGACAUGUUCAACAUACACAAUCUGGUACCAAUGGUUCGGAGUCUUCAAACAGCACCCCUUGCGAUACGGAGAGACCCCAAUCGAUUGUAGCGCAUGAACCGGUAUCCCAGCAACCACAUUGGCAACCAUCGGUGCCUGUCAGUAGACAACAAGGUAUUCAGCCAGAUGUGUCAGGCAUGGGAUAUACGCAGAUACCUUCACAGGAGUCGUUUCUACCCCCUGAUAAUCUGCUUUUCCCCAAUGACUUUAAUGAUUUCUCCAACUUCAUUGAUACGAUGGGUCUGCACGCUGGUCUGGAUUUCUUGUAUGACCCCGCCUUCAAUUUUCAAGACAUGGCAUCUACACAAAAUGAUGUGUAUACUGUUGCAAAUGAGCCGGUUCAACUUCCAUCUCUACCAACCGAUUCUGCAACAACAGUACAUGCUGCAUCAACCCAGACCCGUAUCAGACCCAUGGAAGACGACUUCGAAGAGCUGGGCCCAGUCCCUUGCCCCUGGAAGAUACACGAAGAGGAGCGAAGUCAAAUCCUCGGUGCUUUAUCGCCUUUCCAUCACUUAUUGAUAGGCUUUGCCUUACCGUCACGACUAGCUCUUGGUCGCUACAUCACUGGGUAUUUUGAGCACUACCAAGAUCAUCUGCCUAUCUUACACCCUGUAACAUUCAGGCCCCCGCAGUAUUAUCAGUUUCCAGCUCUCUUCUUAGCAAUGGCAGCUAUUGGGGCUAUAUACAGGUGCGAGACGAGAACGGCUAUGGAGCUCUUUCGUGCUAGCAAGCAAGUUGUCUUAGAGACCUGGCAAGAUGGAGAAGAUUCUCUGCUAGACAGAGAUACUGACUUACACAGUGCUAUCAAGCAGUUGCGUACUGUACAAGCAGCUUUGCUACUCGACAAGUUUGCAGUUUGCCAAUGCGACUCCCAGUCUGCUAAAGAUACUCUAACAUUGCAAAGUCUACUUGCUGCCUACCUACGCAGCAGCAAUCCCUUGGCAAAGUCGUCUAGCAAAACGAAUUGCAAGAACUGGCACGAUUGGGUCAUCCACGAGAGUUACCGCAGAACUCAGCUUGGCAUAUUCUUCGUGCUCAAUCUACACACUGUGUUCUUUGACAAGCCUCCGAUCGCUUUGACCAGCCAAUUAGAUGUUGAUCUACCGUGUCCAACAGCGGAGUGGAUCGCGCCUUCUCAAAGCGCUUGGGAUAAUGCUAGAAUGCAUACCCCCAAUUCCGUCAGCUUCCAAGACGCCUUUUCUGCGCUGUUCUCAGAAUCGCCGGCCGACAAGCACCUGAAUUACUCGCCCUUCGCCAAUCUCGUCCUUAUCCACGCGCUAUUACAACGUAUCUACUUAGCACGCCAGAUGCAAUCGAACCCCUCUGGCAGCCUUCGAGAAGCCGACAUGUAUGAGAUGGGGUUGGCACUCAAACAAUGGACCGCCAUCUGGAAGCAGGCUCCAGAAUCCAUACUCGACCCACUGAACCACGAUGGUUCUAACUCCCUCACCUCUACUGCAAUACUCGGACUUGCGCGUAUACGCCUGCACUCGAACUAUAGUUUCCCCAUGCGAGCGGGCAACAGAGAUUGGCAAAAAGUAGCGAAGCGUCUGUUUGACACUGCACCGCCACUACGCACCGAAAACAUGACAUUGCCUCUACUGCAUUCAGCUCAUGCGCUCAACUUCUUGGUCAAGUUCGGCAUCAUGUACAUAAGUCGUACUAUGUUUGGUUGGUGGGACAAUCAAAACUUGUUCUAUUACCUGGAAGCGGCAGUCUUCUUAAGUAAAUGGCUGGAGACUAUGGCAGAGACGUACCAAGCCAUGCGUCCGACAGAAGCCGAGCUCAAGAUUAUUGGCAUCGUCGUACGUGUAAUCGAGGAGUUGGCGGCAUCGCUCGAUGCUCCUGAAAGUCUAGGUCACCUCUACACGCUUGGCGACCUGGAUCAUGGCAAUGUUCCUUUGAUCCUGCGAAGUCUCAGUUCACAGAUCGUUCGAGGAUGGGCUGUUGUCUUCGAUAACAGCCGUGCGCCAUGGGCGAUCGUGGGAUUCAUAGGGCGCAGCCUUGACCUCUAUGCUCAGAUGGCGGAGGAAAGGAGAUUGGCCAAGGAGAAUGCUUCGCUGGUGUGAAUGUCACGACGACACAGCAGUUGCUUCUGAUUUUUGGAAAAGGUUCCUAAAGACAACUCUUAAUGCAUACAAACAAGUUCCAAGACUGUAAUUCAACAUGCAUCACAAGCCC